AUGGCUGGGAAGCGGGAGGAGCACAAGAGGGUCAGGCUAGAGCCGGCUCAGGGACAACCGUCCGCCACGUCGAGGCACAGGUUGGACCGUCCUGACCCGUCGGCGUUGAGGACCCCGUUGCCCUCUUUGGGCGCGUCCCGAACGGAGAUAUUUCUCCAAAUAAGGGAAAAAGGGUUACUCAGGGCCCCCAACCUGAUGAAAAGCUCGCGGGAACUCGCUGACCAAUCGAAGUAUUGCCGCUUCCACCGGCAAAGCGGGCACGAUACUGAGGAGUGCUGUAAGCUGAAGCGGCAAAUCGAGGAGCUCGUCCGCAGAGAACACCUCGGUCGGUAUAUCCGACAGGACAGGGAGCUUUCACCCCAUUCGGUGGGCCCUGUGGAGCGCCAAAUCGACGUCAUCACAGGAGGCCCAGCAUCCGGAGGAAAUAGUAUGUCCGGAAGGAAGGCAUAUACCCGCUCCGUUAGGGUCGAUGCUCCCGAGGGCGCUGAGCGAUCAGAGCAUGACGAUGCGCUUGUAAUAACGGCUAGGAUUGCUUACGCCCAAGUGAGGAUGAUCAUGAUCGACAUGGGGAGCUCAACCGACGUGCUCUAUCUUGAGGCUUUCCAGAAACUUGGGUUAGCUAAAGAAGCCUUGGAGCCUAUGUGCUUGGCGCUCACAGGGUUCACCGGCGACUCGAUCUCGCCGUUGGGAGCCGUCACCUUGCCCCUGACUUUGGGAGGGCCGCCCAUAACAAAGACGGUGAUGUCCACCUUUUUAGUGGUGGAUCUCCCUACUGCAUACAACACCAUCCUCGGUCGCCCCACCCUCAACAAGAUUAGAGCCGUAGUCUCCACUUACCACCAGACGGUGAAGUUCUCGACCCACGCUGGGACCGGGGAAGUCUGGGGAAGCCCCCGUGAGUCCAGGCAAUGCUACCUGACGACGGUUUCGCUACACAAAAAGGCAAAGACCGAGCAACCCCUGGAGGACCAUAGGGAAACGAAGCAGCCGACCCCACAUCUUGAGCCAACGGCGCCCACUUGCAACAUACCGUUGAUGAAGGAUCGGCCAGACCGGACGAUCAAAAUCAGGUUGGAACUCCCCGAGCAAAAGCGGAAGCAGCUCGUCGGCUUCUUGUAG